AUGGAAGACUCAAAGGAUGCUCAACGCUCGGUUGUCAUCAUUGGCGCCGGCACACAGGGCAGGCGACUUGCAUAUAUGUGGUCACGCAGAGGGGGCCCUGUUCGCCUGAUUGACUACAAUGAACAGCAACUCGACGGGGCCUUGCAGUACGUGCAACGCCUUCAAGAGAUAUCCAAUGAUAAAAGUGAAAACUGGGGGGACGUUAAAAUAUCCACUCCUCCUCAAUUAGCAUCCGUGCUGCGGGAUGCUUGGUUGAUUGUCGAGUGUGUCCCAGAGAAAUUGGCAUUGAAACAGAAGGUCAUUAGUCAGCUUGACGACCUUGCUUCGGACAGCACGAUUAUCGCUUCGAACUCGAGCAGCUAUGGGAUUGGGGAAAUCAUAGAAGGGAUUGAGUUGAAGAGCACUCGAAGAAUGCUCAGUGCACACUGCUACUGGCCCCCUGAAACCUCAGCAAUCGAAAUCAUGGGCCACGAAGAAACGGAUCUGUCCUUGAUCACCUUACUGUCAGAUCGAUGCACAGAACUUGGAUUCUCACCGUUCCAUGUCCAGAAAAGGUCCAUCGGCUACAUAUACAACAGGAUCUGGGCUGCAAUCAAGCGCGAAACCCUCCAGGUGCUAUCCGAGGGCGUCUGUGGGCCACAAGACAUCGAUGCCAUUUUUAAAGACGUUCUGCGAACGCCCAUGGGUCCUUGCGAGCAAAUGGACGUUGUUGGUUUGGAUGUUGUUCUUGACAUCGAAAAACACUAUGCCGAGUCUCGGACUGGGAUUCCAAGUGAACCUCGGGAAUAUCUCAUGAAGAUGAUACGGAAUGGCCAUUUGGGAGUUAAAAGUCAUCGAGGAUUCUACGACUAUAAAGCUACAAGCGAACAGCUGCCUCGGAUUCGACAGAGUCCUUCGUUGAAAACGGUUUCAAGAGCAUCGUAG